GCUUGUUGUGUAAAAUGGAUCCUCUAUGAAAGAAGAGGGGCGGGGGGUAAAAGGUCAGAAUGGCUCGCGCUGAUCAGGUGACAGUUAGUGUGGCGGAGUCCGGAGCUGUAACGCGGGAUUCCACUGAACUAAAGUUCGGAACAACAGACGACAGAAUGACGGAGCGGACCGACGGCAGAGCGCGCGCUGCAGGAGACGAGCAGGAAGCGCUGUUCUGUUAUUAUGAUGAUGAUGAUGAAGAUGAUGAUGAAGAUGAUCUGGACGCGUUUGCAGAGGAUGCAGUGUGUGGCUGUGAUGAAGGAGUGUUGGGCUUCCCGGACGCCUUCUGCAGCGAGGUGAAGCCGCGUAUCCUGCUGAUGGGUUUGCGGCGCAGUGGCAAGUCUUCCAUCCAGAAAGUGGUCUUCCACAAGAUGUCCCCUAACGAGACCCUGUUCCUGGAGAGCACGAAUAAGAUCUGCAGAGAGGACGUGUCCAACAGCUCGUUCGUCAGCUUUCAGAUCUGGGACUUUCCUGGACAGAUCGAUUUCUUCGACCCUACGUUCGAUUACGAGAUGAUAUUCCGGGGCACGGGGGCGCUCAUUUUUGUUAUCGACUCACAGGACGACUAUGUGGAAGCGUUGAGCAGACUCCACCUGACUGUGACUCGAGCCUACAAGGUCAACCCGGACAUCAACUUUGAGGUGUUCAUCCAUAAAGUGGACGGCCUUUCCGACGAUCACAAGAUCGAGAAACAGAGAGACAUACACAAACGCGCCAACGACGACCUGGCAGACGCCAGCUUAGAAAGGAUCCAUUUAAGCUUCUACCUGACGAGCAUCUAUGAUCACUCCAUCUUCGAGGCGUUCAGUAAAGUGGUGCAGAAGCUCAUCCCACAGCUCCCCACUCUGGAGAAUCUGCUCAACAUUUUUAUAUCUAAUUCAGGAAUCGAAAAGGCGUUUCUGUUUGACGUGGUCAGUAAGAUCUACAUCGCCACAGACAGCAGUCCAGUCGACAUGCAGACGUACGAGCUGUGCUGCGACAUGAUCGACGUCGUCAUCGAUAUUUCCUGCAUCUACGGAUUGAGCGAGGAUGUAGCAGGGUCACCGUACGAUAAAGAAUCAAUGGCCAUCAUCCACCUCAACAACACCACCGUCAUGUACCUGAAGGAGGUCACCAAAUUCCUGGCGCUCGUCUGCUUCCUCCGGGAAGAGAGUUUUGAAAGAAAAGGACUCAUCGACUACAACUUCCACUGCUUCAAGAAGGCCAUAGAGGAGGUGUUCGACCUGAGACUGAAGGUGCAAAGAAACCGUAAACUUCUCAACCAGAGACGGUGGAGCAAGCAGAGCGUGCCGAACGGGACACACACUCCGCACCACUAAAGACUUCCCGUAGAGAAUAAACCAAGCCAAAUUAUUCAUACAGAUUAAAUACGCAAUUAUCUUAAUUGUCAACUUUUUUUUUUCUAAACUUUAAUAGAAAAUCAGAAGUGUGGCAUCCAUUCUUUAAAUCAUACUGUUAUAGUAAUAUGAGAUUUAAGGUAGUUCUGUUCAUUUCAUAGCAAGUUAGAUGAAGUUAGAAGUAGGAUAUUAGUUUUGCUGACUUUUCUCCGACCCAGUGUGAACGCCCCGGUAUGUGGGGGGAAGAGGAAGAAUUUGCCAUUUUAUUUUAGAGAUCGACAGAAACACUCGAAGUGACGCGAGUUGCAAACAGUGAAACUGUACGCGAAGUUCUUAUUGGUUCGCUCGGUGUAGUCAAUCAAAUAAGACAUGUUUGUGUUCUGAAGCUAGUUAAAAUCUAUAGCCACCCAGGCUCUCUCACAGAAUUAGAUCCUGUUUUGUGGUUGUAUUUGACAUGGUGAGAUCCUCAACCAGGCAGCCCAGCACGGAGGAAUAGAAAUGAGGCUCGUUUUCCUGAAAAUUCUGCUUUUUUUUCUGAACUGUGCUGCUCCUGCUUCUCUGUGUUUGCUCUCCGUCUGACCUGUUGCUUCUGAAUUAGUUGUCUCUUCUACAGCAGGACGUUGGCCGCUGUCUUCUUCUUCCUCCUCCUUUCCUACUUUUCUCUCUUUAUUAUUUACAGCUCCCUGUUGAGUGGGUUCCUCUCAAGGUUUCUUCCCUUUGCCAUCUCAGGAAGUUUUUCCUUGCCUUCACCUUUGAUGGCUUGCUCAUCAGAGACAAUCUCAUUAUUAUCUAGACACAUUUUUCUCACACAUACACACUUCCAUAAAUUUCCUUUUCAUUUUUGUGAAGCUGCUUUGAGACAAGGACCAUUGUUAAAAGCGCUAUAUAAAUAAAACUGAAUUGAAUAUCUCUUCCUGGCCGUCUCCUGCUACUACGGCCGCCAAAGCAAGAAAAAUAAUUCAUAUUUUAAUGAAUUGGAUACUCAGUCGAUGGGCAUCGGUGGCUCAGCGAUCGGUUUCUUGCCUGCCGUGUAGAAGGGUUCAAUUCACACCCGAUACCCAAACUGGAUGCAGUGGCGGUCCCAAGCCUGGAUAAAAUGGGAGUGUUGUGUCAGAACGGGCAUCUGGGGUGAAACUUGUGUCAAAGUUGUGUGCAACAAUUGGAUCCUCAGUCAAACUGGUCUCAUCUAACUCUGUUAUUGCUAAUGCAUCUGGUUUCCUUUUGAGUAUGACUUGGAGGAUUAUAUUUAAAAAAAAAUUAGGAAGUUUCUCCCUGAUUUUCUUCCAAAUUUAGCCAUGUCCAAUUCCUCCCUGUAACUUUUUACCUCCUUCCAAGGCUACUACCAUCACUCAAUCGAGAGGGCUGAAGACCAUCACGUGUUUUCUCCAAACCAUGCCGACCACAUCUUUUCGAACUGCUCGCUCACACACUGUAACACACUCGAGGGACAGCGCUAUCUGCUCCUUCGGCUUGCGUGAGCUCACAGAUGCCCCUGAUUGGCUGUAGAGCCGUGUUUAAUGUGGGAGCGCUGAGUACCUCUUAUUACUCCCCCCGAGAGAGCUCGGCCAAUCAGGUCUCUCUAGACCUCCAGCUGCGAGAGGUUACAGCAUCACCCGGGAAUUAAACUUGCGAGCACUUUACCACUGCACCAAUCGGAGGUCUCGACCCUAAGUUUUAAUGUUCGCUGAGCUAUCGUUGUUGGUGAAGAUUCUCAGUCGUCCAGGUGAGGUUGACUGAAGAAGGUACUUGGAUGGAUAGUGAAACAUUUCAACCUUACAAGAAAGAAGUCUAGUUGAUAUGACUCAACUAGGUCCUAAUUAGCUGGGCUCCUCGCAUGCUUGAGUUUGGGAUUGACAUCAUUGUGCUAAGAAUGAUGCUGUGAACUAAUUCAAACUCUCAGGAGCACACAAACAGUUCAUGUGGUUAAACGAAUGAGAUCUGGUUAAUGAGUGUAGCCCAUGGUGUUAUUUUUAGAGCACAAACCGCUGAGUCUUUUGCACAAAGUGAUAGCAGACACUGUCCAGAGGAAUGCAGUACAGUACUUAGCCUCCAUGAUGGCCAAAGCAAUUUGGGUUUUUUUUAGCCCUUAACCUAUUCUGUAUGUUGGAGAUUAAACCCUAAGCAUCACACAAAAUUAGAAGUCACUUAAGAAAUAUCUAACCUACUGAACUCUAUGAAAGGAACUCUAUGUGCUUGCUCCAGUACAAAAUUAAACAAGAUAAAUCGGAAGAAUCACGUAUCCUAUGCUACGUUUGUGCGGAAGAAAAAAUAACGGUGAAUGUCUGACUGAAUUUUGGCUUAAAGAUUCAAAUCCUGUUUCCUUUUUUAGUUUAUUCUUUGUUGUUGGUUUGUUUGUUUUUUUAAGAAAAAAAGCAUUGAAUGUAGAAAGUGCGUACAUUUUCAUACCAUUUGCACAAAUGUGUCAUUUUUCUAUAAAACAGAUAUAAAACUAUAUUUAAUUUUUAAAAUUCACUCCUGUACACUGAAAUUUCGUACUGUUUCCUGAAAACUAAAUCUUUUUAAAAUGUUACCUGUUGCAUAUAAAAAGCCAUAAAAUAUUGUUACAGAAAGAACGCAGUGGGAAGUCAUUUAUUAGGAGUUAAAAUUAAUCAGAUCAGCGCUUAGUUCUUUGCUUUUUCACAUUUAGGACAGUUAGAUUAGUUAGGUGCUAAUUGUGCACUUUUUUUAUAACAUAAUGAAAUCAAUGUUUAAAUGUUUGCUUUGCGUAGUCAAUAACUUUGGUCAUUUCAGAAAAAGUUGAAAGUGUUUAAUUAGUUUUGCGCUGUUUAUACCCACUGUUUAUUAUGCUGCUAAAUUGC